CUCGACAACACGCCUGGUCCGACAAGCCUGCGGUCUCGCAUCCGCGAGAUAAAAUGCCGCUCCGAAUCAACAUCCCUCCGGCUACCCGUAUCUUCCUCGUCAGCUUGCUCGCUCUCUCCUUUCUCUACAACGUUGCCAGAUGGCGACAACUUGACACCUCCCCCGGCAGCGUCCAGUCAACCCCAAUCAUUCCCUACCUCACCCUCGUUCCCUCCUUCUUCUACUACUACCCGUGGACCCUCCUCACUGCGACCUUUGUCGAACAAAACAUCUUCACCGUCAUCCUCAACGGCGCGACGAUCUUCUAUGGUGGGAAAUAUCUCGAGCGCGCGUGGGGUUCCCGCGAGUUCAGCAAGUUCAUUGUUGCGGUCACCGUGGUCCCCAAUGCCGUGAUCAUUCCCAUCUACCUUAUCUGGAGCGGCGUUGGAGGUUCUCCAAGCAGAGCUCUCACCCAGAUCUGCGGUGGUGUCGCCAUCCAAGCUUCCUUCCUCGUUGCCUUCAAGCAACUAGUUCCCGAGCAUACCGUCGCCAUCUUCAAGGGGCUGGUCAAGAUGCGCGUGAAACAUUUCCCCGCCCUGUUCCUACUUCUCAAUACCCUUAGUGGUAUCUUGAUCGGAACAGACACCGCCGCUUUCCUGGCCUGGCUCGGCCUCCUGACUAGCUGGACCUACCUCCGGUUCUAUAAACAGCAGCCCGACCUUACUGGAACGUCGACGAACGGCCUCGGCAUCAAGGGCGAUGCCAGUGAGACCUUUGCCUUUGCCUGCCUGUUUCCCGACGUUAUGCAGCCGCCGAUCGCAUUCGUCGCCGAUCAGAUCUAUGCGCUUUUUGUGGCUGUUAGAAUCCUGAGACCAUUUUCGGAAGAUGAUAUCGCUUCCGGAAACCAACAGGUGUUGGCCCGAGGGGAAGCCGGCCUACCAACACUCCUCAGCAACCAGCGCGGCGGGGGAUCAAGAGGCGCCGGAAAGCGCGAGGAGGCGGAGCGGAGACGCGCUUUGGCACUCAAGGCCCUGGACCAGCGACUCCAGGCAGCGUCUGUGGGACGCCCACAAGCAGGGCCGUCAACACUGGGCGAGUCGUCAGCCCAACCGCCGUCGGCCCCUGCUGGCCAGAGCAUGUUGGGAGAGACCAGCUACAACCCGGAUAAUACGUAA